AUGUCGAGCCACACCACGAGUUUGGUUGGACGCAGCCCCGACUCCUCUAGUCCCGCCUCCGGCGCGCCGCAGCCAACCCCGCCCCCCGCACCGUCCUCCUCCUUCUCGCCUGCCCACCUGGAGCAGCUGCGUCAACAGCUGUCGAGCGGGCUGCAGUCACACCCGGAGCUGCACGACCUGCUGGGCUUGUGUGCGGAGAGCAACGAUUGGACGGCGGAGGAGGCCCGGCAGCGCCCCGACAGCAUCGUCACGCUGGAGCUCUUUCUCCUGCAGGUGCACCGCCUGCCUCUCUUGGCGUACUUCCCGAAUCUUGUCACCAUUAAGCUCAUGAACAUCGGACUGGAGUCGAUGGCCGACUUAGCCCCUCUCACGCACGUCGAGGAGCUGUGGCUCUCGGACAACAACAUUCGUGCGAUCGAGGGGCUCGGCAAGAUGGCCAAGCUGCGCCGCCUCUUCUUGCAAGGCAACUGCAUCACUUCCAUGGAAGGAUUGCCGCCGCUGCGUCACCUACGUGAACUGUGGCUCGCACGCAAUCAGCUGCAAAGCCUGACACACCUCACACCCCUGCGCAAGCUACGUACGCUCUACGUGGCGGACAACCCAAUUCAGUACCUCACCGGGGCCUUCUCCGAGGAUAUGACGCGCCUGCACGAGGUGAACCUCAGUGGUUGUCGCAUCGCGGACGUUGCACAGCUCUGCUACCUUCAGCAGCUCCCCUGCCUGCGCAGUGUGUGGCUUGCCGACUCGUUGUUUGGCGAAAACCCGAUAUGCCGCCUGAGUAACUACACGACAUUGGCGCUGGCGAUGUUGGACUCACUCGAUAGCCUGGAUGGCACCUACGUGACGGCGGAGCAGCGCAGUCUCGUGGAGAACAUCUUAAAGAAGAAGAAGUUGUAUUACGAGAUGCGGGUGCAGAUGCUCGAGACGCACCUCGUUCUGCUUGCGCGACACGCGGAAAGCUGUGCGAUGCGGGAGACGGCGCAGAACGCGGACGCCCUCGCGCAGCUGCACGCCUGUUUACAGCCGAUUGACACGGAGCUCUUAGAGCGGCACCUCUACCGCGGCAGCGACCGCAGCGUUGGAUCGCUUUUUCAUGGAGGUUGCAGCACCUGCAGCACCAACACGGACGGGCAGUCGCCUUCGUCAUCAACAGCGGCAGCGGCGGCAACUCCUGGGGUGGCGGUGGAGAGUGCGCAGCUGGAGAGCCUCCGCUUACAGCUCGCCCGCGCUGUCGGGACCUGUGAAAUACAAGAACAGAAAAUCCUACUCCGCCUAGCCCACGCCACCACCGCCGCCUCCAUCGAGGCGCAGCUGCUGAAGGAGCGCUUGGCGGUGGAGCUGCACACCGCCGGCAACGUACGCCUCGAGCCCGUCAAAGCGAGCCACGAGUUCUUCACCUCCGUCGCCGAGCUCAUGCAAGAGCGGUUUAACCGUGAGCUCUUUGAGCAGGAGUUCAGCAUCACCGGCGUGACGGUGAAAGGCGUGCGCCGCAUCAUCAACCGCGGCCUGCGCCUCCGCUUCGACAACCGUGUAAAGGAGCUGCACGCGGACUUGGCCAAUCCGCGGCACCGCAGUCGGUUUGUUGGACUGUUUGGUGUGGUGCCGGCGUCGCAGGCGGAUCAGUGUGCGUGCCUGCAGCACGCGCUGCUCUGCGGUGCGGCGGCAGCGGACGAUGGAGCCCUUGCCGCCGCCUCCAUCGCGUCCUCUUUGGAUGGGAAAAGCAGUGCGGCACGGUGCGCCUCGUACACCCCGGCCCCGGCCGAUGAAGGCGUCCCCCUCACGGACUCGCUCUUCUACGCAGAUGAAGCACGUCUGCGGGCCCUCAGUUGCGGCCUCGACGGCGGCGUUGGCGGUGGCGGUGCAGAGGGACGGGCAAACGCUGCAGGUGCAAGCGCGUCCUUCUCCCUCUCGCAGGUCUACAGCGACAACGGCGGCGGUGUGGUGUGCCACGGCCAGCUCGUGCUCUACCGCACCUACCUCUACAAAGCGGUGAGCGCACUCGGCACGGCGAGCAGUGGAGCCGCGAGCGGUAACUGCAGCGGGCAAGUCAGCCCGUCUUUUGUUCAGAAGGCUGGUCGGGUGCUGAGGAAAGACUACGGAACGGGCAUCACGGCUGCCUAUCGUGUGCUGCCCUCCGGCACCGCUGGGUAUGGCAAUCUUGAAAAGCCGACGGACGCCCCGCACACCGCAACGCCGUCCUACGUGUGGUACUGCUUUGAUCGUGAGCUGGUCUUGGCGGACUGCGUGGUGGACUACUACUACACCGUCUCCGCCGCCGCGCCGACCCACGCGUCGUCCGCCUCGGCAUCGUUUUUGGCUUCGUCGUUUCUCUCCGCGAGUGGGGCGGCGCCGACGCAGCUGGACUACAGCGCCGCGACGGCGCUGCUCUGUGAUGUGUGUUUUCCCUGUCGCGUCGGUGUGCCGAGUGGUAAUGCGGGUACGAACAAGGAAAAAGACAAGGACAAGGACAAGGACAAAGGUGCCGCCGCGACGGCGGACGUGAGCCGCGAUGUACGAGACGAUCUCCUGAGCUGCGCCACUCCGCUUCUGAUGUUCCUUCACUGGUGCGGCGGGCUGCCAAGUGAGCCGCGUCACAACAGCGGCGGCAACGACAAUGGCAACAAUACAAAUAACGGCAGCAGUGUCACGAGUACGGGUGCGAGUAACGGCCACCCCCGCAAGCACAAAGCGCGCUCCAUGGAGGUAGGGAACGGCGGCAACACGCUCAAGAUUGUUGCCGUGAAGGAGACGGCAGAGGCCAUCGCGGCCGUGACGUCGGUGUUAGGCGAGGCGCUGACGUCACAGCUUUUGGGGACGACCAGCAGAAACACGUGCCACAGCGGCACCAAGGACGAUAUUAUGAACGCGCUCAACAACGCGGACGCUGCACCGCGUCCGCUGCAGGCGCGCGAUGUGGAAAACUAUGCGGCACGCAUGCGCGCUGCUGCCGGCGGCAAGGGCGUGUUAACGCUCUGCGUGCUGCGCGGGCUGGACCUCUCUGCGGUCCUGAAGGAUUUCACCUCUCCGCUGCUGGCGAGCGUCACCACUCUCGACCUCUCGCAGAACUCACUCGUGGAGUUUUCGUGGUUCGCCGUCGCGAAGGAGGCCCCGCAGCUGCAGAAGCUGAAUCUUCGUCGCAACCGACUGGCCUCCUUUCACCUCGACGGCAGUCGCCUGCCGGAUCUUCGCACCUUAGACCUAAGCGACAACUUGCUUGUCAACGUCGGUGACCUCCGCGCCAUUCGUGCGGCAGCACCCGCGCUGGAAGAGCUGGAGGUGCGUGGCAACCCUUUCAUGGCCGCGCAGCACCGUCAAGACGCAGAGGCGCAACUCUGGCUUUACAUCGCCCCGCCGACAAGUUUCAGCCUCGCGGUGUCCUCCACCGUCGCCUUGGUGAAGCUGAAUCAGCAUCCCAUCGGCACCUACCCGGGUACGCUGGCGGUGCAGCGGUACCGACGUGCGUGCAUCGUCGCGGGUGCCCCUCACGCGUCCCCUCGUACGGUGCGCGUCGUGACGUACCUUACGCAGCGUGCGAAGGAAAUUAGCGGGCUCGCCGGCUCUGCGGCGGCCGCCGCGUUCUUUUCGGUGGAUGGGGUGUCCGUGCCGGAGCGCUACGUGAGCGCCAUCGUGGCACAGCUGGAGCAGUGGGAGGCGGCGGACGCGUUAAAUGAAAGCCUUGCGAAGACGUUACCGGCACCACACGCGGAGAGCACUGCUGCGCCGACGACAACACAUCUCGGCGAUGACGCCGCAGCGGCGACGACGCGGUGCCUGAACGAAUGUCGAGACUUGUGCUGGAGCUACGGCCUGCUCGACUCCGUCGGCGGUCUCACUUCGCUUUUGCCGAACCUGUGCCGCGUGGUGUUGCGCGGACACGCCCUUACCAACAUCGACCCCGUACUUCAGCUGAGCCGCUUGGAGAGCUUAAACGUGGCGGAGAACCAACUCACGGCGCUGCCCUGCUUUGCAGGCCUGAAGUCGCUGAGAGAGCUGGUGGUGGACUUCAAUAACCUCACUACACUCCCCGCCCAAAUCGGCCCGCUGCCUGCGUUGCGCGUGCUCAGCGCUGCGAGGAAUCAGAUUUCCCACGUGGACCCCUCCAUCUUCCUCGACGGCGGCAGCGCCGACACGCCCGGCAGCGGCAGCGGCGUAGCGCCAACGGUGCCGCAGUUGGAGGUGCUCCACCUGUCACACAACAGCAUUGCGGACAUGAACGUCGUUUACGCUCUGCGUGAAAUCACCUCGUUGCUGAUCUUCAGUGUCAUGGGUAACCCUUGCACGCUGCCGGACGCAACACGGGCGCAUCGGCCCAAGACAGACCCCAAAGCUGCCGGCGACGACACGCGGCAGUACCUCAUUCACGUUUUCCCGCAGCUCAAGGUGCUAGACGGCGGCCCCAUCUCGGCCACGGAGGGCGUCAAGGCACGGGAGAUCUACGCCGGCAAGAUCAGCGCAGACUUGCUGAUCGAGAAGUCGCACAGCCAGCCUGAUGCCUGGGCGGCGGUGCGCCACCUCAACCUCGCGCACUGCACCCUCACCGCGACGAACCUGCUGGAGCCAUUUGUGGGGCUGGAGGUGCUGCAGCUGCAGCACAACCUCAUCUCGUGCGUCUCCGGCUUCACCACCUUAACCCGGCUGAAGGCGCUGGACCUGUCCCACAACCGCCUCGGUGCCGCGGCGUGGCGCAACAUGGACCACGCCAGCACCCCCGCCACCGCCACCACCUCCUCUUCCCCCCACCCGCAGGCCACCGCGCACCUCGCCCUCGGUGAGGCACUCGCCCCGCUGCAGCUGCUGGAGUCCCUCUCCGUGGAAUCAAACCAGCUGACCGACUUCAGUGUGCUGAAGCUGCGCCUGCCGCGGCUGAAAUUUCUGAACGCGCGCGGCAACGACCUGCAAAUCCUUCAGCGCGGCCUCGAGCACCUGCCCGACCUGCGAGAGCUGCUGCUGGACCAGAACAAGCUUCGCGCCCUCGCGCCGGAUUGCCUGGCGGGAAACAAGAAGCUCUCCAUCUUGUCCGCCGAGAACAACGCCCUCAAGACCUUGGAGGGGCUGCGGGGGUGUGCGCGACUGGAGCAGCUGCGCCUCGGGGCGAACCGACUGGCGGACCUGAACGGCGCGCUCGGCGACACGCAGGCGUGCCCGCUGAAAGCGCUCGUCCUCAUCGGCAACCCGGUCGCCCGCAAGAGCAACUACCGCCUCUCCAUUAUUGCGUACUUUGCGCAGUUGGUCGAGCUGGAUCGUCGCCCCAUCACACCGGAGGAGCGGGAGAAGGCGGCGACGGCGCGCGUGGCGGAGUACGUGGCGCCCCCGAACGUAGUCAUCGAUAUGGAUUUCCUCGCUGUGGCGGCGGCGGCCGCUGCGGGUGCCGGCGCACCGAAUGGUGGGGUGUCGCUGCCGAUGAACGUCGGCGUGAAUGGGAACGUAUUUCCUGGCGUGGUCGCUGGCGUCGGCAGCAGCGGACUGCCCAGUCGCAACCGGCUUUUGAACUCGUCUGCGGCCAUUGCGGCUGGGACGCGUCGCGGCGGUGGCGCAGGGGGGAGUGGGCCCGACCGCUUUAACGUGAACCCGCGCAGUCGACCCUAUCGCCGCUAA